UGAAAAAUGAAUGAAAGAGAAAAGAAAAAGCAUGUGAGGGAAGCACCUUCAGUUCCUUUCAUAUGGGAAGUAAAGCCGGGCAUUGCUAAGAAACAUUGGAAGCCAGAGACAGAGGUCUCUUCAGUUGCCCACUUCCCUCAAACUCCUCUCAAGCUAAUUGCCUCAGUUCCAUUUCUUUGGGAAGAAAAACCAGGAAAACCUCUUCCUAAUUUCUCAGAUGUAUCAGUUCAUCCUGUGCUUCCCAAACCCGAGAAAAUACUCAUUCAUGUAGCAUCAUCUUCAUGUUUUUCUGUUGCAUGCAACUUUGGCCAUGAUGGCAAAGACAAAGGAACAUGCAAUUAUGACAGUGAAAGCAUAACUAGUUUAGACCUUGAAGCUUUUACAUUUGAUGCAGACCAGUCGUUUGGUUCGGUUCCCUCACUACUCUCAAACUGUGUUGUGCCAUCAGAAAAAGCUUCCAGUUCCUCUCCAGCCUCCUCUGAGACAGAUAGUAGCAUAAGCAGCUAUGCAACUGGCAGGUCAAGCCCAAUUGGUGCUACUUUCCUUGAGACCCUUUUUCCUCUGUAUGCAAGGGAUCAGAACCUGGAAAAAGAAACUUCAAGUACACAAGAAGUAGGACCCAAAGAUUUCUGUGAUGAAGAUAUUGCCAGUGACAUUAUAAGGAGGCCACCAACACUCGGAGAGCUAAUUAUGAUGAGCCGGAGAAGAAGCUGCAGAAGAAAAACAGUUCAAAUGAAUAAAUGGGAUCCACCAAAGAAAAUCCCAAGACAACAAAUUUUUGGAUGUUUUUUCCCGAUUGUAACUAAUAGCAAAAUGAUUGAGGGGCUGCUGAAGCGAAAGUACUUCCCCAGACUUAAACUCAUAUAGACAGAAUCAAUUAUGCAGAAGGAAAUAUCAAAAACACAAGUACCAAAAGACUGCUCCAGAACAAAAUGCCCCUCUGCCAAUUGAUUUUGAAUCAGACUCUUUUCAUUUACUAUGUAAAUUGUCUUGCAAUUUAUGGGUUUUAUUUAGUUUUGCACUCUAAUAUAUCCUCACUGCUUUCUUCCAAAAGAUAGUCAAUGUGUACGUUCUUCUUAGACAACUUACUUUUUGUGUGAUAAUCUCUCCAAAUUAAGGUUUAUUUUUAAAAACAGCACCAGUU